AUGGGACGAAUUAACGUGCAGCAUAUUGCAACACUCGGAGUGUUAUCCGUGGAAAACGGAGCGGAGAACUGGAUUAUCCCAGAGCAGAAUUUGAGGAGAAGCGGCCUGAGGUUUAAUGCUGCUGCUGUUAGUUACCAUGUGAAUAAGUCAAAUGCAGUCUUCAAGCUGAAACAAGGAAAAGAAACUUGGAUAUUGGAAGUGGAAUUUCCAUACCGGAAUUACCCGGAAGAUCUCUGGAAAGUUCAUGACAGAGGAGCGAAAUGCCAGGAAAUCCGAGCUGAAAAUUCAAGGAAUGGAGAACUCACAAAACACCAGCAAACUCAAGCCAGAGAGAAAAUCCAUAAAUGUAAUGAAUGUGGAAAGUCCUUCUGCCAGAAGUCUAUCCUCGUAAUACAUCAGCAUAUUCAUUCAAAGGACAAACGGGAAUGCGGGGAAUCUGGCUCUAGAAAUGGAGACCGCACAGUACAACAGAAAACUCCCACCAGAGAGAAAACCUAUGAAUGUAAAGAGUGUAAAAAAACUUUCUAUCACCUGUCAUCUCUUAGUAGACAUUUGAGGACUCAUGCAGGGGAGAAACCCUACGAAUGUAAUCAGUGUGAGAAAUCCUUCUGCCAGAAGCCACACCUUGUAGAACAUUGGAAAACACACACAGGAGAGAAACCCUUUGAGUGUCAUGAAUGUGGGAAGUUCUUCUAUGUUAAGGCAUAUCUCAUGGUACAUCAGAAAACACACACAGGGGAGAAACCAUAUGAAUGUAAGGAAUGUAGGAAAUCCUUUUCCCAGAAAUCACACCUCACAGUACAUCAGAGAACACAUACGGGGGAGAAACCUUACAAAUGUAAGGAAUGUGGGAAAUUCUUUUCUAGAAAUUCACACCUCAAAACUCAUCAGAGAACUCACACAGGAGAGAAACCCUAUGGAUGUAAGGAAUGUGGGAAAUGCUUCUACCAGAAGUCAGCCCUCACAGUACAUCAGCGAACUCACACAGGGGAGAAACCCUUUGAAUGUAAUAAAUGUGGAAAAAACUUUUACUAUAAAUCAGACCUCAUGAAACAUCAGAGAAAACACACAGGGGAGAAGCCCUACGAAUGUCAUGAAUGUGGUAAAUCUUUCUCCGUGAAUUCAGUCCUCAAAUUACAUCAAAGGACGCACACAGGAGAGAAACCCUAUGAAUGUAAGGAAUGUGGGAAAUUCUUCUCUCAGAAGUCACAUUUUAUCAUUCAUGAGAGAAAACACACAGGGGAGAAACCCUAUGAGUGUCAGGAGUGUAGGAAAACUUUUAUUCAGAAAUCCAAACUUACCGCACAUCAGAAGACACACACAGAAGGAAACAGCUGAAAAAUACUAUGUAUUGGGAACUUCUUUUGGAAUUCAUCCUUUAGAAUAAUUGGAUAAUUCACACAAGACAAAAACUUAGGAAUAUCAUCUAUCUCAGAAAAUUUUGGUCACAGUCUGCCUUGACAGAAAACAAAAGACACAGAAAUUCUUUAAAUCUAUAAGGGAGAGAUUUUGACAGCAUGUCAGACUUAACUAAGUACCAGACAACUGACAAAUUAUAAAAUCUGAGGGAGACCAUUCGUUCAGAAGUCCUACUAGAUUGCAAAACACAGAAAUCACAUGAGAGAAAUCCUAUAAAAACAAAUGAGUAUCAGGAAGUUUUCUGACAGGGCAGCCAUCGGUAGAUGCCAAAGCUCACCUGAGACGCUCCUAUCAGUCCCAUUCCUGAGCAUUCAGAAACCACUGACACCAGGUGCACUUGGAGCACUCAGAGGUGUAACUGCAUAGACCGCCUGUAUCGAGAAAUGCUGCUUCCAUGAACUGCAGAUCCACGAUGCCAGGCUAGAACCUUUGCAAGCAUUCCAGAUAUGUGCAAGUUUCUUGACAAAAAUUCAAGGAGAAUCUGUACUGAGUGGGGUUAACAGAUACGCCAGAAGUCAUGUUGCAGCAAUUAGAUUCUGAGGGGUUUUCUUUGCUUUUUGAGUUUUCUGUUUUUUUUUUUUUUUUUUUUUU